AUGAACGUGAAGAUCACGAAAGAUGUUGCUAAAACAAUUUCUGAACUAGUAUCGAUUAAGAACGCAGAGUCGUUUCCCAGAUAUCAGACCCCGUUUGUGGACUACUUGAGAGUAAAGUGUGUAGCUGGAAGCGGCGGAUCUCCACUUGAGAACACGAACAGGUCGAAGAAGUUGAACGGGCCCGGUUAUGGAGGACACGGAGGCAGCAUAUACUUCAAAUCGACACAUCUGGUCCACGACUUCCUGCACAUCGACUGUAAAAUACGCGGAAAGGACGGAGGAGAUGCCUUUGGGACCAGCAGAGGCCUCCACUCGUCCGACACAAUAAUCAACGUGCCGCUGGGCACGAUCUUGCGGAAAAGAGUGAGGGUCGACGACAGAACGAGAUGCAUAUUUUGGCACCAGUUCCUCAAGCAGGAUGAAAAACUGCUAGUCGCCCGCGGCGGCAGAGGCGGCCUGGGACCUUCGAGCUUCAAGAAGCACGACAACAGGCUUGCGGAGGUCGGAGAGUCGAUAAAAGUGGAGCUGGAACUGCGGCUUUUCAACGACAUAGCCUUCGUCGGACUCCCGAACAGCGGAAAAACGUCGCUCAUCAGCUCGCUGACCUCGUACAUGACGAGGAUAGGGCCCGAGGAGGGCUCCACGACGCGGCCUCACGUGGCCGUCGUCAGGUUCAUCGACGGCGUUGAGAUCCGCGUGAUGGACCUGCCGCCGCUCUCCGCAGACACCGAGCGGAGCAUGGCGAACAAAAUCACCAGGCACCUCUACAGGUCGAAGGCAGUGGCCUACGUCAUCAACGCCUCCGACGACUGCGACCACUUCGAGACGCUGGCCUCGCUCCGGCAGCUCGUCAGGGACGCGAAGACCUUUGACGAGUCCAGGGCCGAGAUGGUGAUAAUGACCAUGUGCGACAAGAUUCACAGGAACGUGCUGUUCAAUCUGGACAGCCUGUACUACAAGCUGCUGGACUCGCUGCCGCACCUGCAAAUAGUCGCCACCUCCGCCACGCACCGACUCGGCCUUGAGAGGUGCGUGAACACCAUGCGGGACCUGGUACACCCUAGACAUGUAACAUACAGUAGGCGAGAAGUUGUUGAAAGUUACGAAAUUAAGCUUUUGACUGCUAACUAA